ACCGAAUUUUAGGAUCCCAUGCCACGAUCCUUGGGGGGAGCGAUCCUAGUUCGAGGUGACUAAAAAUUCCCAAACCUUGUUAGUGUAAACCAUGCAUAGUGCCUUUGCCCAUUACAAUUCCUCAAAAUCCAGAUAUCUCAAGCCCUGAGUAGAAGUCGUUGUGAAAGAAUUAAUGAUGAAGAAGAAGGAGGGUGUAAUGCUAAGAGCUGCCCUUGCAGUGUCCGAGAAACAGAUAUGGGUCGGGUUUGAAGAGAAGCCUCUGCCGGAACAGGAGGAAAUGUUGCAAUAUCUUUAUAUGAACUGGCAGGAUCUCCAACAAGAUUCUUCGGUCAUUGAAGCGUUAAAGGAUACCAAGUUUGUAACGGGUGCUGACGGAGACCUACAUAAACCCAAACACUUGUUUGAUCCUUGUGAUGAACUAUUAACAUCAAUUUUCUCUGGUGAGGUUCACAAGUUUCCUGGAGAAAAGUUUGUUUUAGAUGGAGGAUGGCUCAACAUUCUGAGGAAAACUGGCCUUCAAAACACGAGUGAUGCUGCUAUUGUACUUGAAUGUGCCAGAAGAGUAGAGUUUCUUGGAGCUGAAAGUAUGAAGUAUGCAGGGGGAGACUUUUCUGAAACUACAACCGAAGUUUCUGCACAAGUUUGGUCCUUGGCUGAAACUCUUAUCAGUGUGGUAUUUGAAAGGUUUGACUUUCUGUAUAGCCACAACUUCUGCAGUAUAUUUGGCAAGAUUGCAUGCAUCCCUGCAGAAUUCGGAUUCCCUUUUGAAAGUGAAAAGAAAGGUGUUAAAAGAGUGCUUUGUUCAUACAGUGAAGCCAUUUUGUUGAAAGAUUGGCCCCUUGCAUGGACCAUCGCUCCCAUCCUUACCAGAGAAAGUUUGGUUCCUCCAGAGUACUCUUGGGGAGCUCUUCAACUGACGAGCCCCCCUCCUUUUACUAAUGUCUUAGAGCAUUUGAAGGUUAAGGUUUGGCAUACUGUCUCAAUCUUGCUUUUUAGUGAGGAAGCUUGUUAUGGGGUACUUAGUUAUCUUGACACAAUUUGGGAUACACUAUCUUCCUCAGAUAUAUCAGAGUUGCGGGAUAUAGCAUUUAUUCCGGUGUGCAAUAUGACACAACUUGUGAAUUGUAGCUCUCUUUUUUACCAUCUGAAGAUAGAUCUUAGACCACUGGCAUCUGAAAUUCCUCUACGCUUCCUGCCAUUUGUGAGGAUUCUUAAAGAACUCGGACUUUAUGAAACUCUAUCUAUUUCUUCUGCAAUGAUGCUUCUUUCAAUUCUUAAAAACUCCUGUCGUCAUCAUCCUCUUGGUCCAAAUGAACUUCGGGCAGUGAUAGAGCUUCUACAUUUUCUCUAUAAUGAAAUAACGGAGCGUCAGAAUCCAGAUAGAUCUGAUUGGGAGUCAUUGUUGGUUGUUCCUGAUGAUAGUUGCAGACUUGCUCACCCAAAUUCAUGUGUAUAUAUUGAUGCCUAUGGCUCUUGGUAUGUGAAACAUAUUGAUACUUCGAAACUGAGAUUUGUUCACCGUGAUAUUUCAGAAAGAUUGUGUUUGACCUUUGGCAUAAGAAAGCUUUCUGAUGUUGUUGUGGAGGAGCUCGAUCAGGCUGCACACUUUCAGACUCUUGAUGGUAUUUGGUCGAUUGUAUUGGCUGCCAUCAGAAAAAAGUUGUUAAAUAGGUCAUUUCAGGUUGCUGUAUCUAGUGUUCUCAACAGUGUCUUCAGCAGUACCAGUGGCUCUAACGCUCCCAGUUUUCAGUCAGUACAAAGAUCACUUGAAUCUGUUGCCCAAAGAUUGCAAUUCGUACAGUGCAUCUACACACGGUUUUGGCUCCUUCCAAAGUCGCUGGAUAUCACUUGUCCUUCCAAGAAAAUACUGAUCCCAGAAUGGGGAAGUAGAUCCAGUCAUUGUGCCCUAUACUAUGUUGACCGUUCAAAGACUUGUAUGCUUAUUUCUGAACCACCUAGUUACGUGUCAGUUCUUGAUCUUGUUGCACUUGUUGUGAGCCAGGUUUUGGGUUCUCCAGUCCCACUUCUCAUUGGUUCAUUAUUCCUCUGUCCACAAGAUUCUGAAACUGCACUUGUUGAUAUCCUCAGACUUUCCUUCGAUGAAAGAGUGAUGGAUGGUGUGGUUCCUGGUACUAGUUUUAUCGGCAGGGACAUCCUUCCUCAAGAUGACAUGCAAGUGCAUCUUACACUUCUAAGACCAUAUCACAAAGGAGAGAUAGUGGCAUGGCAAGGACAAAAGGAAGAGAAGUUAAAGUAUGGGAGAAUACCUGAGGAUGUAAGAGCACCAGCAGGGCAAGCACUCUAUAGACUUAAUCUUGAAACUGCUCCUGGGAAGUAUGAAUCUAUAAUUUCUUCACGCAUUUUCUGGUUUGGAAAUUUCUCAAUUGGCCGCCGGUCUUCCACACAUUUGAUGCCCCAAGAUGAUACGUGUUUCGGGUCUGGUAGAGUGAAAUUGAGUAAUCAGAGACAAGAAAUUAUAGAACUUGGGAAUGAUAGUGUAUUAGAUGAAGAGUUUGCUCAAGCAGUUGAAGAGAUGUUAUGUGGUGCUGGAGUCGGACUGGAUAUGGAGAUGGAGUGCCUCAUCCAAACAACACUGUCCCUGCAAGAAAAAUUAAAGGAAUCUCAGGCAGCACUUCUGCUUGAGCAGGAAAAGUCAGAGAUGGCAGCAAAAGAAGCUGAGACGGCUAAACUAGCAUUGCUAUGCCGAAUAUGUUUGACCAAUGUAACAGAUAUUACUAUAGUUCCCUGCGGGCAUUUGCUAUGUCAUAGAUGCUUAUCUGCUGUUUCCCACUGUCCAUUUUGUCGAAUCCAACUAUCAACAACAAUCAAAAUUUAUUGGUCUUGAUGAAUGGAAGUGGUUAAGAAGCUUCUUACGGAUGUAGUGCAUCAUUGACCAAGCAAAUGAAGUUAGCCUUCAUGUAAUCUGGGUUAUUGAUUACGGAACUUACUAUAACCUUAUUAGGAAACUACACAUCUGUAGAUGUAUUCAAGUUUGACCUGGAAUCUAUUAUGUGUAUUCUAUUUAAAACACGCCUAUUGUUAAGGUUGAGGAAAUUAUGACUUGGACUUGGCUCGAGUGCUUGACGGAUACCCGGAAUGGGAUUUUUAUAUUUAAAAAUAAUAAUUUUUGGAAUUU